AUGGCCACGUGUGAAGUUUGUGGAGAUGGUUUCGCAGACGAUGCGGAAAAACACUUGUGCUCCCCGAGCCGAGACUCUUGCUCGCACGUGUGCCACGCGGAUUGCUUGCAGCAAUACCGAUUAAAGCAGGGCUGCCCUAUGCAUGACUGCCCAUUCUGUCUUCAGAAUGAAGAUUCCCAGGAAGAGGCUGAUGAUGCCGCUUUGCAAGAGAUGGAGAUUGAGGCAGCAAUGGAAGCAGAGGCUGUGGCUGAGGGGGUAAAAAGAAAGACCAGAGAAGAGGCAGCUUCGCCUGUCCGUGCGGGUGGGGGCCCAGCGGGCAAGAAGUUAGCAACCAACGCAAGCCCGCCAGCAGGACAACGCAGCCCAGUGCCGCCCACCCAAAGAUCCCCAAGCCCAGAAAGCCCUCCCUUCACACAGGGUGGAAGUGAAGCAGCCCGCUUGUCCAUUCCAAGCUUUGGGAUUGACAUCUACGACGACCUGAGUCGGACCAGCAAGGCAUCUACCACGGUGAAGGAUCCUAUGCACGACGCCAUGUCGGAGUACUUGGCUUGCAGGGAUGAAGCACAAAGCCUUUCGUUGCUUCACACCAAGAGCACAUAUCAAGGGCUUGGAAGCCCAGAGGCUUCUUAUCAAACCGUUCUGAAUGCAGCCUUGAAAGACCCCAGGGACCACCACGCUGUGGCAUCAGACUUUGCCUUCAGAACUCGAGAAGUGCUGCCCGUGCCUUUCGAAGUCAGCUUGAGAACCAUUGCCCGCAAGGAAGGUUGUGAGCCUGAGACAUUCAUGGCACGCGGCUUCGAUUGCAGCCUGAUGAGGAGCACCGACGUGGCGCCACAUGCACGGAUGCCACCAUCAAGGGUCUUCGUGCUUCUAUCAAAGAAUAUGCCCGAGCUGGCAUCAUUUCGGAUGAGAUUGCCACAACAAUAUGCCAUGACAUCCGGGAGGGAGACCCGACACUCAGGUCUGCAUUACGGCAACAAAGAAAAGAUGUGCACUUGGCUGAACUGCGAAGAUGACAAGACAGUGACUGGAGAUGGUGCCACGGCGCUGACUCAUUACACCUUCGUUCACCAAGUGUAUGGACAGGUGUCGCUUUGUGAGUAUGUGCUCCAGCCAGUGACAAGUGACCCUGAUCAGCAGAGCCAGUCCAGCAAAGAGUUCCUGAUUGACUUCUUUGGUUGGAUGGGGCGCGUGGCAAGCAACCAGGACAAAGACCACUAUUUUGACAAGUUCGCCUUGCCCGUGCUCAGGAAGGCUUUGCAGGGCCCGAGCGCGUUGGCCCUUGAUAGGAUCAUAGAUGAGUUUGCCAUUGAGAUGACCAUCUUCGAUUUGGGACAUGCCUUGCAUAUCUGGCGUCGCCAAAUGUGCUUGUGGUUUGCCUUCUAUCGCUCCAAGCAAGUCCAAGCCUUGGUAGGCCCCAAAGCAGUGCCAGAUGUCAAGCCCCCAGGACUUGCAGAUUUGGAUGCCAAGGUGAAAUUGCAGCGAGUCAUUCUGUCCAAUCCUCGAUGCGCUGGUCCAACCUCCACUGCGCACAUUCGCUCUGUUCUGAAGUACCACUUUCAGAAGGAGAAAGAGGAAAAACCAGCAAAGUUCGUCUUGGCAGCAGUCAAAGACCUCUUGAAAGUUGGCAUCUUGCAAGAGGUUGACAAGAAGGAAGUGGAAGAACAGGCGCCCAAACUUAAGGACAAGAAAAGCGCCAAGAGCAAGGAGGCCACGCUAAAGAGCGAGCCACGAGGCCCGCCAGGUGGCCACGCUGUCCUGUACUACCAGACAUGUGCCGAUGCUAAGUGGCACCAUGACAAUGGCUUCUACCUUAGGGAUUCAGCAGAUGCUGAUGCCAGCAUGCGUGAUGUUGGUCCCAGUCUCUUUCCUGGUACCUUUCACAUGAGAAGGCGUUCGAAGUUUUCGCCGAAGCGUGCGGACUUGACUGGGAUUACGAACAUCGCCUUCAUGAUGAUGGAUGCCUCCUACUUUGGACGGCUACAAAUCCUUCACAUGGCAGACAUGCUGGACGGCGAGGUCAACACACAGGCAUGCCCUUCGGGCUUCAGUUCCACCAUGACCAUCAAAUGCAACGGUGGCUAUGCUGAACUGCAGAGUCACACCUGUGUGCCUUUGCCCUGCCCCACGGGCACGGUCAGCGGCGAGUUCGAUGGCUCUUACAACAUCUCGGAGACCACGGCAGACUAUGCCCACAACCAGAGCUUCACCGAGCAGUGCGCCUGGGCCAACCCUGGCUACACUGGAAGUUUCCAGGCUACCUGCAAGUUCGGCAACAUCACUGGAGACUACUCCACCUGUAUUGGAAAUCCCUGUCCGGCUGGAACCAACAUGGAUGUCACUGUGGGGUGGGUCACUGCCAACCAGCAACAUCCCACGCAAGCAGAGGUGGUUCAUGGAACCACAUGGAAUGUGCUGUGCAGCAGCAUCAACGGAGAGUUCUCCGGAAAUGUUGAGAUGCGCUGCUCCGGAACCAACUUCCGUGCUGACACCUCUCAAUGUACUCAGAUUGAAGUGGGAUGUUUGCCCACAGGACUCGGUCAAGAGAUCACCGUGGUGAAUGAGACGGCCACGCUGCUGCCCUCCGCGGGUGUGACCUCGGGCGCGGCCUUCGCACGAGAUUGUGGUGACCUCACCAACGGCAACUAUGUCGGUACCGUGAGUGCUACCUGUGGCACCCUGGGAAGCUACACAGGUAUCGAGAUCAGCUGCGUUCCAAGGUCCUGCGUCUCAGGCAUCGAGGUGACCGUUGCCAAGGGCGCUCUCAGUGGACUUGUCACCACGUCUGCGGCCAUGUCGCAUCUGUCGGUGGAAACCACCAGCUGCGAAGCUGCUGAUCAGGCGAUGCGCGGUGAGCUGCGUUUGGUCUGCCAGUUCGGCAACAUCGUGCCUGAUACGUCCAGUUGCCAGUUGGUGUGCCUGCCGUCCAGACCUGGACAGGUGAUCUUGGGUAACAAGGUCAUCACCAUCUCGACUCCGGAGGAAGUGGCCGACACCCGGGGGUUCUUCACCGAAUGCAACAGUCUCUACACGGGUUUCAGCGGCACAGCUCAGAUCACCUGCAACGGUGGUGCCUUGGUUGGAGACGUGACCAACUGCGCGGGCUUGCCCUGCGAGACCGGCAACGUGGCCAGCGUCACCCUGUACGACGUGACGCAGUCAGUGGCCAUCACCCAGGACCUGCUUCAUGGAGCUUCAGAAAGCGCUCAGUGCAAUGUGGUGAAUCCUGACUACAGCGGCAGCUACAAGCUGAAUUGCUUCGCCGACGUUGUAACGGCGGAUGUGUCCACCUGCGUCUGUCAGGCUCAAGGCUGCAGCGACGCACCUUGCGGCAACGCACAGACCUUUUUCGUGGAACUGUCUGGAAUCCAAGAGACACGCGCCGUCGGCCAGCAGUUGAGCAGUUUGGAGUCGGCGACGCUGACCUGCGCCUCUGUGGUGCCUGGCCAUGACGGCGACAUGACGGUGACGUGCAACGGAGGUGUCUUGGUGCCGGAUGUGUCUCAAUGCACGCCGAAGCUUGGCAUGGAGGGCUUGGAGCCUGAGUGUGCUAUUGGGCGCUUGAACCUGGCCCUGGAGGGUAAACCUGAAAGUAUUGCUAUCAUCCUGAUUUGCCUUGCUGGUGACAGAGUUUUGGCUGGGAUCCCACACAAAGCUUGGCACCGAAGAGCUGCCAACCGUUUGCUUCCAGCUGGCACCCUUGAGAAGCCGCUGAGCCUUGAAGUGGCUGCGUGCUCCCUUGAAAGCCGUCACGAGGCAUUGCCGGGUGGUAAGUGCAAGAUUUGGGUUGGUUUCCUUGCCAAGUCUUGGUUUUCAAGCCUGGACUUUGAUUCGGACGAAGCUGCAAUUCUUCAGUUUGUUUUAUUAGAUUCCGAGGAAGUAUGCGCGCCUUUUGGGGAAGCACUGCAGGCGAUUGCCGGGGACAAGUUCAACGUUGCUUUUGUUGGAAAUUCAGAUCCAGAACCAGCAGCCCGUUUGAAUGCCUUGGAGUCGCAAGUAGCUCAUAUCCGUUCCGGUCUGGAUGCUUUGUUAGCAGCUCAGGGUGUAAGGCCAACAGUUUUGGGAGAAGAGUCUGGAUUUCAAACAGCGGAAGAGGUGGAGGUUCAGAGGCCAAGCCGCCUUGCUACGCCGCCUGGGUUGGGCGCCUUGCCAAAAGCACCUCCAAGGGCCAAAGACAGCGGAACUGCCUUACCUGGCUUGGAUCCAGGUACAGUCGCUGCCGCCCUGCAAUCAGGAGUUCCUAUGAGCCACCUCCAAGCCAUGAGUACUUUGGUGCAGGGGAAGCCAGGCAGGAUGGGAGAUGUGCCCAGGCGCAGCCCACCUGUGCCAGAAAAAGCUAUCGAUCCCUUGGACGACGACGCCGUGGCUGUAGAGGACAUCGACGGCGAGCCGCUGGACCCUGCAAUGGACCCUGUGGCCAAGGCCUUAGUUCAAUUAACCCACAUUGUCAGCUCUAUGAACAAGCAAAAAGGGAAGAAGGAGACCCUGGAAGAGUCGCUCGAUGCACUGGGAGGCCAGAGUUCUGGCUCAGCAGAUCAACCAACUGUGACUGGCAAGAAGCAUGUGAAGGCCAUCGAAGCCUUGAAACAGGCCUUGCGGAAAGAACCACAAGUCAUUUACAACAGCAUAGAAAAGUUGAUGGCCGAAGACUAUGGACUCAUGGGCCACUUGCCCAACGCCUCCUUGCCAAACAUGACAGCAAGGGGGUGGGCGGAGCAUCGGCCGCGAAUCCAGGGAUUCCCCCGAACGGUGAGAUGGGUCUGGGGCGUCUGCGGUAUAUUGGAUUGCCUCCGCAACUCAAACCCGGAGGAAGCCCGGGCCAGAGCAUGCUUGAUGCUCGCCCAAGCAGAGCAAGAGUCGAUCGACAAAGGCAACUUUCUACUUGCACAAGAAAUGUCCCUGGAACCGCCACCUCCAUAUGCUUCGUUCACUGCGCAUGUGAUUCCAGAUCCCAUGGAAGUUCAAUUCACCCGGAUCAUGGAUGGCAGGUGGAUAGAUGCCUUUACUGCAAAGCUUCGCGAUGCGGACGAGUACAUCGAGCGCAGGGACAAGUGGCUGAGGCAACUGCCUGCGGCGCUGUUGGUGGCAUGCCUUCACUGUGUCCCUUGCCGAGUUCUUCCUCGUCAGGCUGAUUGUGCCUCUUCUACUAGCUCCUCUAGCGAUGCCACUCGUGGAUCCCCAUUGGAUGGCUUUGACUUGGCCUCUAAUUCAGUUGCAAGUGCGCAGACUGCUGUCAAUUUUGAAGGUGCUGAGCCACAGGACGGCAGUCCACCGGCUGCCCACUUUGGGCCUGAGGUUUCCAGUGCGACAGAUGGUGGUCUGUACAGUCGACGCUGUGCUGAGAGCCAUUUCAAUGUUCCUGGUUCCGGCGCUUCCACAUUGCGGGCCAACUCCAUUUGGGAGACGGCCGCUAAGCAGGAAAGCUUUGAAGACACACUUGCGAAGCUUAGCAGCUUUGCUGAAAAGAGUUUGCAGAAUCAUGGCCAAUACAAAAAGAAUCAGUUGAUGGAGAAAUUGGAUUGGUGCGAGCGAACAUUUGUCGCAGCUUGUCGUUAUGCUGGAUUGCUGAUCGCGUGGAUGAUGAGUCUCCUGGAUUCAGUCUAUCGUGUCCAAGCUGGUAGGUCCCAAAAAGAUAUCAUCAAACUGCCACAGUGUUUAGUCGAUGAGUUGUACAUUGCUUCGGCUCUUCUGCCACUGGCCGUGACAGACAUUAGAGCGAGUUUCUGCGAAGCGCUGUAUGCUGUUGAUGCUUCAGACUGGGGGGAGGCGGUUGUCAAGGCCGAUCUCAGAUCCAAACUUGAGCGCAUGUUGAGAGGUUCUUUUUGGGCAUGCCCGCAACUCUUGGGUCAUGCCAUUGCGCAAUACGGAUAUCACCUCUAUGAUAAACUUGCACAGUGUGAUUUUGAUAGCCUUGCUUGUGUAUUGACGCCUUAUUUUGCUUUGCCGCCUUACGGAACGACAAACUUGCUUUGGCUCCUCCUGACCAAGUAUUUCGUUGACGGCAGUGCAUGUGCGUUAGCGCCUUCAUUUGCUUUGGCCAUCAUGUGGGACAUCACAGCAAGGAUGCACCGCCAGCACACCUGCCGUGGAGGCCGAGCUUGCGUUACCGCGCACGCGGUGAGAUUGACUGACUCGCUUUUCGCCAUAGCCGUUGUGGGCGGUGCCUCCUUGGAAGUCACUGCACCUAAGGACCUGCAACACAAUGAAGUUUUCAUGGCGGAGUACUGUGCCAAUGUGAGCAGUGGCUAUGCUGGGGUGUCUCGGCCCUUCACGUCGGAUCCAGACCGGCCGGGGACUCCACGGACCGGUGCCCCGAGAUCUUCACAAAAUCUCAACAACAACAUUUUUUUCAGCUUAACAUCUCCGAAAGACCUCCGCUUCCGCACGAUGGCUGCCUGGGGCAAAGGGAAGGGCAAGUCCAAAGGUGGAGGGGCAGUGGUGCAGCCUAGGGCCGUGCUUCCCAGGCCGCAGCCCGCUGGCCGUGCCCCUGGCACCGCGCAGCCGGCCGCAGUGGGGGCUGUGCCGGGCAGCGGCGCCAGCAAUGCUACACCGCCGCCCAUCACGGUCAGUGGUUGUCAAAAUGUCACCAUCGCCAACAUCAUCAAGGGGUCGUACACGGCGAGUGGCUCCAACCACAACAAACCCAUCUAUCAGAAGGAGGGAUCAUUUGGCACUGUGGCCGUGCUCAUCUAUUAUUGGGACGAACGCGAUGGACCUAACUUCCAUGGCUGGUGGUUUGGCCCAAAGGUGGGUGGGGAUCAAGUCUGGGCGUAUUCGGCCAACAAGGCUUCCCAGUUGCCACCCACGACUGGCUGGAAGGUGCCUUGGGAUGGCGCAGUAGAUCCCAGCGUUCAGCUCACGCACGGUGGUGGCCCCGCCACCAUCCCAAUCCGCGCCGGCGCUGCGGGCGCGCUGGGUCCGCGGGCCGGGCUGCGGCCUGGUGUGCGCGCAGUGAACUCCAAACAGCUGGAGGAGGUGAAGAGGCGAGAAGAAGAAUCGAAAAAAAGGGUCGAGGAAUUGAAGGCCAAACGAGAAGCCGAAGAGUCGGCUCGAAAGGAACACGCCGCCGCGCUGGCUGUGCGCAAGGCGAUUCAAAAAGUGCGAACGGCCAACCCAGACAACUACGAUGAACUCAGAGCUCAGCUUGAGGAAACCCAAGCAAAGAACCUGGAGGCCAUGGGAACCCAGGCAGACAAGGUGUCGGAGGAGGCGACGAAAGCCUUGGAGCAGGCGCAGAAGCGCAUCGACGACCUCCAUGCGAAGAAGCUCGAGGAGGAGCAAAAGAAGUUAGAGCAAGAGAAAUUGAAAAAGGAAAUGGAAGAGAAAGUGGCGGAGUUCGUGAAGACAUCGAAGGAGGAGGCCACGAAGAUGCUGGAGAAGGUGAAGGAAACCGAGGAGCUCGUGGUGAAGCUGCAGAGCGAUGGCAACACUUCGGAGUUCUUAGAGGCGCUGGAGAAGGCGGAGAAACAGCUCGAGGAGACGCGUGAAGGUACAAAGAGCACGCGACUGAAAAUCAUGGAGAAGCAGAAGGAUGUGGCCGAUGCGGAAUCCUUCCGCAAGGUGAAGCGUGAAGUCAUGGAACUCUCGACCAAGUUGGCCACGGCGUUCCGCGCCAUGGAACGCCUGGGCCAAUCCCUGCAGCAGGCGAAGCAGCGCCAGGAGCUCAAGGCCACCGCGCUGGAGAAGUUGGAGGAACGGAAGAAGGAGUUCAGCAGCUUCGACAAAGACAAGGAUGGCAAGUUGAAUCUGAAGGAACUGAAGGCCUACUGCAAGUCCAAGGGCUUGGACCUUGCACAGGAGAUUUUGGACCGCAUCAUGUCCUCCCUGGGGGCCAUUACGGUGGACAAGUUCCGUGCCAUGCACCAGAAACUCUUCAUCGCACACUGGGAGGCCAUCGCGAGAAAAAAAGCGGAGGAGGAACAGGAGAGGCUGAGAAAGAUUGAAGAAGAGAAGCAGGCCUGCCGAGCCAUUUUGGGCUCCAUUGCUGAGUUGCUGCAGUCUUGCGAGGCCACCGCGUCGGCAGCGGAGAACCGCGCCAAGCCAUUGAUCAAGGACGACACCGAGAAGGGGUCUGAUGAGAUCAAUGCAGAAGCGGAUGAGGUUCUCAAGUCGGUGGAGGAAGCAGAGACGACUUUGCAGAGCUCCACUGGCAAGUUCAGUGAAGCCAAGGAAGCGUUGGCCGCGUUGGAAGCGCCGGGGCAAAUGAGUUCCGACCUGCAGAAGUUGGAAAAGAGAGAAUCAAGGACCAAAGGGCAGUUGGCCAAGAUCACGGCCGCCGUGAAAGUGGCGCGAGAGAAGGCAAAACGAAAAGCCUAUGCCGAGUUUGACCAGAAGCGUACAGAGUGCGCCACGGCCAUUCGCGCACAGAUGACUUCGAAGGAGAAAUCUGCCGACGACUUCUUUGAAGAGCUGAACGGGGGGGAAGCCUUGGACCGAGAGAAGUUCUUGAACUUUCUCAAAGAUCUGCCGGGCCUGGAGUGCUUCGAUGGCCAAAUGGAGAAACUCUUCGACAACUUGGCCACGGAAGGCAGUAUUAGCAAAGCAGGUUUCAAGGACUUGGUACGUGUCUUCUACAAGUGCGUCAAGGCCACGGUGAUGAGCUCCGAGAUCUCCAUCAAGUCCAAGACCAUCCGGCGCCUCGAAGUCGGAGAGGUGCUCGAGGCUUUGGCGACGCCUUGCCAGGAAGAGGCCACCCGGGUGAUGCGGGUGCAAUGCGUCGCCACGCAGGAUGAACUCACCGGUUGGGUCACCGUGGCAGGUAAUCAGGGCACCACCUUCCUUGAGCCGGGUGGCAACUUCUACACCUGCGUCAAGGAGACUGUGCUCAGCGACACGUUGGAACUCCAAGAUAGCAAAACUUUGCGGCGGAUCGCCAAAGGUGAAGUGAUAGAAGUUCUGGAGUUUCCCAAGAAGGACGCCACUGCGGAUGUGCGGCGCAUCAAGGGCAAAGCCAAGUUGGACGGCGCGGUGGGCUGGAUCUCGCUGGCCAGCAACCAGGGCACCGUCUUCUUGGAGUCUUGUUGAGGCGAUCAAGGCGUCUAGCUGGCAUGAGCUCGUGCUACGCCCGAGCCGGGAACACUGUGGUAAAAGGGAUGUGCCAGUUUACUGG